GGAAUAUACAAUCGUAUCACACACAGAUAACGACGACAUGAGACUUCCGUUGUCUGGUUCGAUUUUUUUAUUUGUUUUAUUCAAUAUCCACCCAACGGUCGCCAAACAAACAUGAAGCUGACAAAGACUAUCAAAUACUUUAAGUUGAACGCUUACCGGUAUCGCAGGAGAUUGGUAUUUGGGUUCAUUGUUGUGGUGUUAGUUUGCACGCUGAUGGCUAGACACAAAAAUAAGGUGAAGUUUGUCAGCUCUGAAAUGAUCGAAGCCCAGCCACAGGACGUCUGGGAAUACGUGUCAGAUUUCUCCAACAUGAUGACGUUAAAUCCCACCAUCAAGAAAUUUACCAUCACUCACGAAGCGGCCAAUUUCAAAGAAUGGAACUACACGGUGGAAUACGAAGAACACUUGUCUCAGAUUCCGUUCGUGACCAACAAAAUCGUUGGCGAAUUUGUCAUCUACAAAAUAUCGCAAUUGCAUUACAACAUCAAUUCGACACACCGAACUUGCUUUUCUAACUUCUUUUGCCUUCAUACCGAUUCGGAAAUGCAGUUUCUGAAGUCUUCCCAGAACAACCGCAGCGGAACCCGGGUGGUGGAGACGAUCGAGUACGAAUGCCCUUGGGCGUUAACCGGCUUUUGCCUGAACGAGGUCAAGUACCAGAGGAAUAAGAUAUUCGGACAAUUGCGGAGGACAGACUUUCCGAAAGACCAGCAUUAAACGUUUCAAAGAUCACAUUAUUAUUCGUUUCGUGAUGUAAUUAUUAAGCGCGCGCCGAUAUUUAUACUUAUUCAGCCGGUUUCACCGACUAUUGUUAAAUACACUUUUAACACAAUGUUAGUUAACAAUUCAUUUAAAUUUAACAUCUGGUUGAAUGAAUAAAGUCUAAUUGUGAAGUUAACAAAACGUUAGUUGGGUUACCAAAGCGGUUACCUCGAUUCCAACGUUCUCAUUGGUUAUUCAAAUAUGUGAUAACUGAUAAGUGAUUGUCAGCCGGUUUUACCAACUAUUGUUAAAUACACUCUUAACACAAUAUUAGUUAACAAUUCAGUUAAAUUUACCAUCUGGUUAAAAGAAAUAAGUUUCACCAUAAUAUUAUUGUUGUUAAAUUCUAUUUGUUAAGUUACCAAAACGUUAAUUGGGUUACCAAAGCGGUUACCUCGAUUCCAACGUUUUCAUUGGUUAUUAAAAUAUGUGAUAACUGACAAGUGAUUAUAUUAUUUAAUUUGUCAGUUUGUUAUUAUUUGGAAUUUUAUUUUACUUUUUUUUAACGUUUCGGUUUGCAUAAGUAAUUGAUAUACAAUGUUUUAACACAUUGUUUAGAUGGUCUAUACCUUUCUAAAAAUAAUUUGUCAUCAAAGUCGUUAAAAUAUUUUUUUUCUAUUUUGAAGGCCUAAACAAAAAAGUAGGUAGUGAUAAGAAUUAUUUCCAUUGUAUAACAAAUAAAUUAAAUAUAAUCAACAAUAAGUUAAAUUCUCAACCAAUGUUGGUGAAACCGGCUGAUUUCGGUUUUCUUUUUCCAAAAUCUUAUACUUAGGUACGCUACUGUAAUAUGCACAGUAACGCUAUAUAUUAUUAAGACGGCGCCGUGCGCUCUCCACCGUUGUGCUGCCCGUUUAAUUAAUGGCUUUUGAUAAAAUAACGACUAUCGCUGCCUGCUCUCCAGACAGGAACAAAAGAACGAAAUUUAAAUUGUUAAUUUUAUGUUUUUCGAGACCUUUUUUUUUAUUAUAAUAUUAUUGUGACGAAUUAAUUUUCUUUCGAGUACGCGCCCGGUAUGCUACUGUAUUAGUAUAUAAGGAAACAAGAACGGAAUAACAUUAUUAUCAAGCGUUUUCUUUUGCUAACCCCCCCCCUACCCCUGCUUGUUAUGGCGGCCA